AUGUGGAAAAGCCUUUAUCAAACGAGUGCCCUGACAGAUCAUCAGCGAAGUCAUACUGGAGAGAAGCCCCAUGUACAUGGUGACUGGGGAAAGGCCUUUAUGAUGAAGAGUGCUCUGAAUGGUCAUCAGCAAACUCAUACUGGGGAGAAACCUCUCGUAUGUGGUGACUGUGGAAAAGCAUUUAUCAAGAAGACUGCUCUCACUGUUCAUCAGCGAACCCAUACUCGAGAGAACACCCAUGUAUGUGGUGAGUGUGGAAAAUCUUUCACUCAGAAACAAUACCUUAUAGUUGAUCAGAGAUUUCACACCGGAUAUACACCCCGUGGAUGUGGUGAAUAUGGAAAAUCCUUCAUCUGGAAGGAUGAGCUCACUGUUCAUAUGCGAACUCAUAUUGGAGAGAAACCUUGUUAUGAGCUCACUGUUCAUAUGCAAAUUCAUACUGGAGAGAAACCUUGUGUAAGUGGUGAAUGUGGGAAAGCUUUUAUCCGGAAAAAGGACCUCGCUGAUCAUCAGCGAACUCAUCCUGGAGAGAAACCUCACAUUUCUCUUACUGUUCAUAAGCGAACUCAUACCAGAGUGAAAUUCCAUGAAUGUGGUGAGUGUGGUAAAGCUUUCACCCAGAACAAUGCCUUAGAGUUCAUCAGAGAUUUCACACCGGAGAUAAACCUCAUGUAUGUGGUGAAUGUGGAAAAUCCUUUAUCUGGACAAUCCUUUACCUGGAAGUAUGAGCUCACUCUUCGUAUGAGAACUCAUACUGGAGAGAAACCCAAUGUAUUUGGUGAUUGUGGGAAAACUUUUAUCAGGAAGAAGGACCUCGCAGAUCAUCAGCGAAUUCAUACUGGAGAGAUACCCCAUAUUUCUCUUACUGUUCAUAAGCGAACUCAUACUGGAGUGAAAUUCCAUGAAUGUGGUGAGUGUGGUAAAGCUUUCACCCAGAACAAUGCCUUACAGUUCAUCAGAGAUUUUACACCGGAGAUAAACCCCAUGUAUGUGCUUAAUCAUACUGGAGGAAAACCUCAUGUACAUGGGGAAUGUGGAAAGGCCUUUAUCCAGAAGACUUCCCUUACUGUUCAUCAGCGAACUCAUCCUGGAGAGAAACCUCACGUAUGUGGUGAAUGUGGAAAAGCCUUUAUCAAGAACAAAAACCCCACUGAUCGUCAGCGAACUCAUACUGGAGAGAAAGUCCAUAUAUGUGGUGAAUGUGAAAAUGCCUUUAUCUGGAAGACUUCUCUUACAGUUCAUAAGGGAAAUCAUAUUGGAGAGAAAUCACAUGACCUUGGUGAGUGUGGUAAAGCAUUCACUCAGAACAAUGCCUUAAAGUUCAUCAGCGAUUUAACACCGGAGAUAAAACCAAUGUAUGUGGUGAAUGUUGGAAAUCAUUUUUCUGGAAUAUGA